AUGGCACAAUUUCUCCCAGUCGCGGAGAAGCGGGCCGCGGAUGUGCAGCCAACUUUGGACGCCGCGAAGGAAGCCGCGAAGAACACCGCGAAGGAGGCCGCGAAGAACACCGCGAAGGAGGCCGCGAAGAACACCGUGAAGGAGACCGCGACGGGCACCGCGAAGGACACCGCGAAAACCGCGAAGGAGACCGCGGACGAGACCGCGGACGAGACCGCGGAGGAGAUCGCGGAGGAGACCGCGAAGAAGCCCACGGAGGGAACCGCGAAGCAGUUGGCAGGGGAGCUCUCGAACAGGAAACGCGUGUCAGAGAAGCCUUCGUCAGGGGAGCUCUCGAACAGGAAGCGCGUUUCAGAGAAGCCGUCGUCUGGGGAGCUCUCGAACAGGAAGCGCGUUUCAGAGAAGCCGUCGACAGGGGAGCCGUCGAAUGCGGAGCUCGCUUUAGAGGAGCGGACGACAGGGGAGCAGUUCGAUGAAGGCACAUCGAGCGACGUGGUGGAGGUGCAGCCCGGAUUUCGAAAGUCGGGCCGAAUUCAGAGGCCACCCGACUUCUUCGUCCCCGCUGCCUUCACCACGGUCUACGAUGUGGACGACGACGACCUGGCGUACGAUGACGCCGAGGACGAUGAGGAGUUUUCGGAGCUCGACCCCGACAUGCACGCCGAUCCCGAGCACCGUUGGGACAUUUCGACCAUGACGGUGAAGGAGGCGUUAGCGAGCUGGAAGGGCCCGGCGGUGAAGGCAGCCAUGGAGGAGGAGAUUCGCUUCACGGAGGUGUAUGGCGCUGACUACGACGAGACGUACGCGCCGGUGAGCAGCUACGUCACGCUGCGUAUUUUCCUCAGCAUCGUCGCCGUCCUCGACCUCAACCUGAUGCAGCUGGACAUGAAGAACGCCUUUUUGCAGAGCAAGCUCGACCGCGUGCUGUACAUGUACCAGCCGGACUACUUCAACGACGGGACCGGCCGGGUGUGCAAGCUGCUGAAGAGCCUCUACGGGCUGAAGCAGUCGCCGCUGCUGUGGUACACGGCUCUCAACGACGUGUUGGUUGGCGCCGGGUGGAAGAAGAGCCAAGUCGAUGAGGCUCUGUACUUCAAGGUCGGUGACGACAAGGUGACCUGCUGGGUGUUGGUCUACGUCGACGACCUCCUCGCUGCGAGCAGCAGCACCGCGAUGCUGAAGGAGCUGAAGGAGCUGCUGGAGGCCGCUUUCGAGCUGCGCGAAAUUUCGCCGGUGCAGAAGUAUCUCGGCCUGGAGAUCGUGCGCGACAGGCCGGCGCGAAAACUGUGGCUGCACCAGCAGGGCUACGCCGACAAGCUGCGCAGGCGCUUCAUAGACGAGGAGCAGACCGGGCGCACUCCGAAGACGCCGGUCUCCGUCGCCGCCUACGCGGAGCAGACAUUCGACGACGAGGAGGCGCAGGAGCGCGAGGAGGAGGAGUACCGGCAGAAGGUCGGCUCGCUGCAGUUCGCGGCGAGGACGACGAGGCCGGACAUCGCAUUCGCGUGCAGCAAGCUGGGGAGCGGCCUCACGGUGAGGAGCGACCAGCACUGGCGCGAAGUCGACCGCUGUCUCGCCUACCUUGCCAACACGCGAGACACCGCUCUGGAGUACCGCUCUGCCACGUGA